CUGAAAUCCAGUCCACGUUUCCCCUGCAACCUAGGCUGCUCUCGGUACGUGCAGCACAACGAGCACACAGAACGGACGAGACCAGCAUUAGGAGAACGUGAACAAGAAUGGAUAUGCGAAAUGUUUUCAGGAGAGAGUCAGGGCAGAGGAGCAGAGAGAGUGAGAGGGGAGAAACCUCUACUGGAAAGCUCAGCUGCUGACUGUCCCACCACCUGUCGAAGAGUUCAGGGGAAACGGAGUCAUGGAGGAGCUUGAGCGGCAGUAUUCCCCCAGCAGGUGGUCCCACAGGAUGUCUGCAGACGACGUGAUCAAAGCCCAUGUGAAGGCGCUGAAGGAAGGUACUGAACGAGCCCGAGAUCUGGCUCAGACUUUACUCAAUGUGCCAUAUGGGGAAGGAGAUGGUGAAAAACUGGACGUCUACAUACCCAAAACCAACACUUUGGACGUCCAUCUAGUUGUUUACCUCCAUGGAGGCUACUGGCAGUUCCUCAGCAAGGAGGAGUCUGGGUUCAUGGCCGUUCCUCUUAUUGAUAAAGGCGUAGUGGUGGUUGCCGUUGGUUACGACAUCGCGCCCAAAGGUAACAUGGACCUGAUGGUGUCACAAGUGCGCAGGAGUGUUGUGUCUGUGGUGCAGCAGUAUUCUCACAUCAGUGGUCUGUACCUGUGUGGACACUCUGCUGGGGCUCACCUGGCUGCCAUGGUUCUCUCCACUGAUUGGUCGCAGUAUAGCAUCACACCUCAGAUCAAAGGUGCUUUCCUUGUGAGUGGCAUAUAUGACCUCCAGCCCAUCCUGUCCACCUACGUCAAUGAACCCCUGAAGAUGACAGAGGAGGUGGCGGUGAGGAACAGCCCCAGCAAACUGGUCCCUCAGCUCAAACUCUCCUCCUCCAGCUGCCAGAUCGUUGUGGCUGUCGCUGAGCACGAUUCGCCGGAGUUUCGCAAGCAGUCUGAAGAAUACUAUAAAGCUUUGGAACAGUCAGGACUGAGUGUGACCAUGGAGGAUGUGGCGAAUACAGACCACUUCAAUAUCAUUGAGCAGUUGGUAGAUGGCGAAUAUCACCUAACAAAGCUUCUCCUGAAGAUGAUGGGGAAGAACUGACGUGUUUGAGUCCUUGUCUACAUACGUUUGUACCUCUGAACAGAGUCCUCGUGCACGAUACUGAUAAAAUAUGCAUUGUUUCAGGUUUGGACUACAGUAAAUGUACAACUCCUGUCCUUUUGAACAAAAAACAAGGUGGCGUGGGUUGUUUUGACCGUUUAGUUCACUGUUUCAGUAUUUUUAAUGAACUUUGUAGUUACUGUUGUCAAAAAAAGCCUAAAUAAAUGUUGUAUGUUCCAAUGACAUUAACACCUUUGUGCCCAAAACCUUGUCAAUUCAAGGAAUGAUGACUGUAGCAAAUUUUACUGCUCAUAUGUAGUUGUAAACAGAGCGCUUCAUCGUGCACGAUGUUUUUGUCAGGAAACUCGGUUCAAUUCAAUGCUGAAUGUUGUAGAGUUGGUUGUUAGUUUUGGCAUAUUUCCACUGUUUUGUAAAUGGGUGGGGUUGUCUGGUGUGGGUUUUUUUUUCCUGUGACAAUCUGCACCUCAAUUUAAGUCCAUGGUUUGGACAAGAAUAAGAAAUCAUGUCAAGAGUAGAGACAUAUCUUCUGCUAUCUGAAUGUAGCUUUUAAUUGUAACUUCCCCAAUGCGGAUAUCUCACCCAGGGAACUUUACUGUGAUGUUGGUAAAAGAUGAUAAUGAAAUUAUAUAUUUGCACUUUUUAUUUGAGCCUAACUCUAGUAUUCAAAUAGAUAUCUUUUUAAACAGAAAAUGUAGCUAAGUUUUACUUGAUGCGCAUCAUUACUGGUUGCCUUUAAUAUAGGAUCUUGCAUAAUUGUUUACGUUAUUAUUUACUCCAUGUUCUAUUAAUCAUGAUUGUAGAUUAUAAAGAGAACACUCACAAUAAAAAUAUUUAUAUUUGAGAAAGGA